CGCAAGAUCCUACUCAUCUCUCCUCAACUUUGUCCACUCUGACGUCUCUCUGAUCCACGUGACGAACUUGGUACAAUACCAAACAUACAUUACGAUGGGUGGCUCCGACAGGCAAGGUGGCAAGGCCAAGCCCUUGAAGGCGCCCAAGAAGCAGAACAAGGACCUCGACGACGAAGAUAAGGCCUUCCUCGAGAAGAAGAAGGCUGAGGAGAAGGCCCGGAAGGAGUUGGCCGCAGCGGCUGGUGGAAAGAAGGGGCCGCUGAACACUGGCGGUCAGGGCAUUAAGAAGAGCGGCAAGAAAUAAACGGACAUGCCUCCUAAGACGUCUUUGCGAACCUUUGAAGCGGAAGCGAGACACGUUUCAUGACGCGCAGAUUUAUAUUGUGGAAUGAUAGGAAGCAAGGCGCUGGGCACACUGAAUUUCAAGACAAGAGAGCAAGAUCGUUGGCCUACAAUCUUGAUGCGGCAGCCAACAAAUGUGUCGGUGAACAUACUCGUGGGUAAAACUGGACCGCAUAUCCUCUGACUGGACUGUCGGAUGGGACUGUGGACACGACGAUAUCAAAGCGAGACGCCUUUGGACGCUC